AUGUUCUUCUUCUUUACCUGCGGCGAACACACCUUCUCCUCGCGCCUCAAGGGCUACGAGAAUGUCACGUGUCAGUGUCAGAACUGCGGCAAUUUCUCCGGUCACGUCUACAAGCGCUGGCAAUGGUUCACCUUCUGCUUCGUGCCCAUCAUUCCCUUCUCGUUCAAGCCAUGGCAAGAGGUCGGCUGCCACAUCUGCAACUUCUACCAGGACAUCAAGUACCGUCCCGACGUCCAAGCUCAGGUCAACGGCGGCGCCGGCGGACAUCCCAUGCAGAACUACGGCCAACCACCUCAACAGCACCCGCAGUACAAGUAA